AUGAUAUUCAGACGUCGUGGCCUAUUAAAAUAUUUAUUUUUGAUUCCAGCCUUAUGGUUAAUAGCCGUUGUUCUAUUUAGUCUAAGAAGCAGUACACAAGUACAACCAGACGUGAAUACUGAUCAAGGUGAAUUGAUAUUGAAAACAGAUCAAAAUAAAGAGUCAUCUACGCCAACACUAAUAAAUUCCAAAUCAUCGAAGGAUAAUGAAGAGGCUCUAGGAGUACAUGAAAAAGAAAAGUUAGCAAAAAACAAACAUCCAGAUGAAGAUCAUCCACAAGAAGAACGUGACAAAGCACGUGCUCAAGCAAAAGAGAUGAAGGGACAGGUACAAUUAAUGCCGCCGGAUAAAAAAGAAAAUCUAAAAGAGUCUCCCGGAGAAAUGGGUAAUGCAGUGAAUAUUGAUAAAGAUAAGUUAACACGUGAAGAAAGAGUAAAAUUUGACGCAGGAUGGAAAAAUAAUGCAUUUAAUCAAUAUAUUAGUGACAUGAUACGAUUAAGACGAAGUUUAGCGGAUAUUAGAGAUCCAGAGUGUAAAAAAAUGGAAUUACAUCCAAAUUUAACAGAUGCAUCUGUUAUAAUUAUUUUUCAUAAUGAAGCAAGAUCAGCCCUAUUACGUACAGUCUAUUCUGUGCUAGAUCGAUCACCAUCUCCUUUAUUGCAUGAAGUUAUACUUGUUGAUGAUUAUUCCGAUAAAGAACAUUUGAAGCUCGAAUUAGAAGAUGACAUCAAAGAUUUGAAAAAAGUCCGUUUGUUGCGUACAUCAAAACGUGAAGGUUUAAUACGUGCACGAUUGAAAGGUGCAGUAGCAGCUAAAGGAAAAGUGUUAAUAUUCCUUGAUUCUCAUUGUGAAUGUACUGAAGGAUGGCUCGAACCAUUGUUAGAUCCAAUAGCACGAAAUCCUAAAGUUGCUGUUGUACCAAUUAUAGAAAUAAUCGACGAUAAUACAUUCCAUUUAGUCAGUACACCGAUACAAAAUAUUCAAGUCGGAGGAUUUGAUUGGAAUUUAAUUUUUAACUGGCAUGUGACACCUGAUCGAGAAAUGAAAAGAAGAACAAAAAAAACUGAUCCUAUCAGAAGUCCUACAAUGGCAGGGGGAUUAUUUGCGAUCGAUCGUGAUUGGUUUGAUCAGCUAGGAAUGUAUGAUCCUGGAAUGGACAUUUGGGGUGGGGAAAACUUAGAAUUGAGUUUUAAAGUUUGGACUUGUGGUGGAGAGUUACUAUGUGCUCCUUGUUCUCACAUUGGUCAUAUUUUUCGAAAACGUUCACCUUACGAAUGGCCCAAAGAUGUUAAUGUUGUCAAAAAAAAUACUGUUCGUUUAGCUGAAGUAUGGUUAGAUGACUAUAAAAAAUAUUAUUAUGAAAGGAUAAACAAUGAUUUGGGCAACUAUGGUGAUGUGUCGGAUCGUUUAAAAAUUCGUGAACGUCUUCAAUGUAAACCAUUUAAAUGGUAUUUAGACAACGUUUAUCCCGAACAGUUUAUUCCUGGUGAAUCAUUAUUUUUUGGAGAAAUUCGUAAUCGUGGUAACAAGGAAGUAUGUCUGGAUUCUCAAGAAGUUGAGGAGAGUGAUAAACCCGUUAUUGGUUAUCCAUGUCACGGUCAAGCUGGUAAUCAAUUUUUUCUAAUGAGUAAAAUAAAUGAGAUACGUCGUGAAGAAAAAUGUUUGGAUUACUCGGGCGGUGAACAGCAAUUGAAUCAGCCAAAUAAACUCGUUUCUUUUUCAUGUCACAGUAUGCGAGGAAAUCAAUUAUGGGAUUAUGAAGCAAGUUCUUGA